AUGAGUGGUUACGACAGUGCUCUAUCUAUUUUCAGGUACCGUGGAACGUGUGCGGUGGGCGUGAAGGGCAAAGAGGUUGUGGUUCUUGCGUGUGAGAGACGAACCACGCUGAAGCUGCAGGACCCGAGAAUCACGCCGUCGAAAAUCAACAAGAUCGAUACACACGUGCAAUUGGCGUUUGCUGGGCUGAACGCAGACGCAAGAAUCCUGAUCGACAAGGCCCGCGUCGAGGCCCAAUCUCACAGACUGACCCUGGAAGACCCGGUGACAGUGGAAUACUUGACCAAGUACGUGGCCGGCGUGCAGCAGAGAUACACCCAGAGCGGCGGAACCCGGCCGUUUGGCGUUUCGACGCUCAUUGCCGGCUUUGACGAGAACGACAAGACGCCUCGGUUGUACCAGACAGAGCCGUCAGGAAUCUACUCGGCAUGGAAGGCCAAUGCCAUUGGGCGCAGCAGCAAGACGGUGCGCGAAUUUCUGGAGAAGAACUAUGACAGGGAAAACGAGCUGGACGAGGCGCAGACCGUCAAGCUGACCGUCAAGGCGCUGUUGGAGGUGGUGCAGACCGGAGCCAAGAAUAUCGAGAUUUCCGUGAUGAAGCCCGGCAGAGUGAUCAACCAGCUGUCCAACGACGAGAUCGAGGCGAUUGUGCAGGAGAUAGAGGCCGAGAAGGAGGCCGAGGCCGAGAAAAAGAAGCCGAAAAGAGCCAGUGAAUAG